AUGUUUGUGAAAUUACUUGUAAAUGUAUUUGAACGAGCAAAAUCCAAAAUAACAUCAACACGUUCUGUUAGUCGAAUUCCAUCAGACACAGAUGAUGAAUUCGAUUCAAAUAAUUCCAAACAAAUUUCUUCAUCUGGUCCAUCAAUAACACAUCAACAACCCCGUUCAUCUUUAUCAAAAUGGUUAUGUGCAACUCCAGCAUGUUCUAAUAAGUCGAUUUUAUCAUUGAAAUCAAAUAAAGUACGUCGAAGUACUUCAUGGCGAUCUUUAAAAGAACGUGGAUCUAGUUAUAUUGAACAUUUCACUUCACGUACGUUAUCAGUUGAUGAGCUUCAUCGACAUGCCAAACAACAUCAAAAACAUACUUGUUUACGUAAACAAGAAUAUAAUCGACAUGAUUUUUCACAUUCACCAAUGUCUAAUUUACCUAAUCAAUGUCAAAAAACGUCAGGUCUUAAUCAAAUACGUUUAUCAAAUUGUGAUGCAUCAAUAAGUUUUCUGACAAGUCAUAAACGUUUCGAUCGUUUAUCAUCAACAUUUGCUAAUUAUUCUAGUAGAUAUAGAAAACAAAAUCUAUCAACAAAAUCCCAUCGACGAAAUAAUCAAGAAAUAUUUUCAAUAAAUAAUACAAAUAGUGCAGGUGGAGAUUCUGGUUAUUCAGAAGAAAGUUUUUCAACAACAACAUCUUCAUAUACACGUCCAUUACAUAUAUCAUGUCCACAUUGUCAUUGUGAACAACGCUCAUCAUUUAAUAGUUAUAAAAAAUCUAUUGAAAAUUCUUCAACAGAUUCACCAACGUCAGAUACAAUAAUUAAUAAACAAAGAAAUUCAUCCGAUUUUUAUUAUCAUCUUUUUCAACAAAAACAAGCUCUGUCAGCUAGUCGAUCAUAUCCACAUAUUAAACCACUACCAAAAACAACGAUUCAAUCGCAAACAAAUAAAUCUGCAAUAAAAGAACAACAGCAAAAACUACCACACAGACAAACUAGAACAAAAGGAGCAAAACGACGAAGACAUUUAUCUUGUGAUGGUUCACUUUGGCCAAAAACACAAACACAACAAUCUGUUAAUCAAAGAUCAUCUCCAGUAGUAUCUGAACCUAAUCAUGCACUUCGUCAACGUCAUUUUACAACAAUUGGUAUGAUGUAUAAUGAUCCAUCAUUAACAUAUUCAAAAACUCUAUCAAAUUUACCAAAAACGAAUCAUGUUUUUGAUGAGCUUAAUUUAGCUGCAAUAGAACUUGAUUCUCUUCGUACAUUAGAUUGUUAUCGUACAUCACUUUCAUCAUCAUAUUCAUCAUCUUUAACAUCAUCAUUAUCUUCAAUAAAUACUGAUGAACAAUUUAAAAAAUCUCGUUUACAUUCAAAAAAAUCUUCUCGACAAAAAGGAACAUAUCUUGUUUGGCAUGAAUAUAAAAAUUCUUCAUUAUUAUCAGCAACGAAUGGUACAAAAAUAUUUUCAGUUAUACGUGGUGAUCAAGUACGUUUAUUAAGACGUAUUGGUAAAUCAACAUUACUUGUGCAAAAAGAAGAUGAUGGUUCAAUUGGAUUUUUGCCACAAUCAUGUUUAGCACAUGAUCAAAUAAACUCAUUUUUAUCUGUUAAAGGAUUAAAAGAAACUGUUUUGUAA